AUGUAUCUUACGGAUUACACAACAAACGAUGCGAAAUGGCACGUACAAUGGAAUAAAUUACAGGACGAAAAACUUGAAUGGAUAAAACGCAAAGCUCGACUCCAUCGACAACAAGAACAAGACGAUUUCGAUCGUGUUAUGGAGGAAUAUCUCUGGCAUGAGCUCAAUGAAUUAGAAAGAUUGGAAGAACAGCAAUACAUUUCGAUUGAACAGAAACUGAAACAACAACUAGAAAAAGAGCGCUCAAUGGUCGACAAGAAGAAUGCAACUGAUUGGAAUAGCAUCCAAGGUAUUUCAAAUUUGAAAGAAGAAAAACGAAAUGUACAAGACAUUGCUACAUUGGAAGACGAUGAAGACGUAAACAUUUAA